UGACCACACAAAUAUCUCCCUCCCCCACUAAUGCACAUGCACACAUACACAAACAGGGCAGACAGGGAUUCACGGAACUAGGUCUUGACCAUGAAAACAAAACCACUCAUGCUGAGGAAAUUGUUAAGGCCUUAGGGGGAGGAAAAGGGAGAGAGCAGCAGAUCCACAGCCUCGAAGCAGGGAAACUCCCUCCUUGUGCUUUGUCAAAAGGCGGAGGACAGACCAAAGAGUGCACCCAGCAGGCUUCCAACACAGCCUGGCAGCACAGCCGAAGCUUGCUGAACCGUGAUUUCAUGUCGGACAGGAUCAAGACUUUAGUCUGUAGCUCAUCGUUUACAGUAAGCUGUGCCAUCGAUGGAGACAGCCAAGAAGAACUAAAACUAAGAGCAGGAAAAAGCAGCCACUGCUCGACAACUCCUAAAAGGAGACACAAACUGAAGGAGGAAUAAAAAAAUAGUCCAAGUGUUUUCUGUUACAUUUAGGUAAUCAUGCAAGCAGGAGGAUUCCAAUGGAGAAAUUUUGUCCUGUUUAUAUUGGCUUUGCCAGUAGUGUUGGAGGUCCAGGGCUGUCGGAUUGGCACAGGGCCCGAGUGUGAGAAAGCUCCCUUUGUCCCGGGUCACAACCUGGCAGGGGAAGGCUUCGAUGUGGUGCGGAUGCGUCGAACGGGAGCAUAUGUCAUCAAUGUCAAAGCUCACCUGGCUGACAACCACACCUGCACACUGUGUCCGAACCGCUUCCAAGACGGACAGAUUCAGAGGCUCCCAGCAGCUGUACUCGACUGGCGUCCCUUCAGCCGGUGCAGUAAGCAGCUCUCCAGUGCCCUCCACCACUCUGUGGACUCCCUGCUGCGCAGCUCCAACUCGCUGGUUAACAACAACUGGGGUUUGGGUUUGAGCCUGGAUAAUAUUGGCAAGGCGGUGCUGGGAGGGAGCCGCUCAGAUUUGGCCAAGUUUGCUCGUUCGCAGCACAGUGUGGAUAAAGCCACUUUCGCCAUUCAUGAAAUCAGCUGCACCUACUACAGCUACAGGCUGGCUGACCAUCCCCAGCUGAGUGCAGAGUUCACAAAGCAUCUCAAGAGACUGCCACAGAGUUUAAAUACAACCCAGAGCAAAGCCCUAUACAGACGGCUUAUAGACACCUAUGGGACACAUUAUAUACACCAGGUCCAGCUCGGUGGUAAGGUGAGGAGAGUCACUGCCUUCAGGACCUGUUUGGCCACACUGAAGGGCUUCUCAGAGUCAGACAUUAAAACCUGCCUGAAUGCUGAACUCCGUAUGGCUCUGGGCUUCCUGCCAGGCAACGCUACCUUCUCCAACAAGUGCGACAACCUCCUGAAGGGCAACAUGAGCAUGGGCUUUUACCAAGGCUUCAUGACCCAUAGGAUCGAGGUUAUUGGAGGGGAGAGGUACUUCCCAGACAUCCUCUACCAGGAGGAUCCAUCUGAAGCGUACCAAAGCUGGAUGAACAGCCUCCACGACAAUCCUGAUGUGGUUUCUUACGCCAUAUUCCCUCUGCAUCACUUGGUGGAGGACGCCCAGAUCAGUGCUAAUCUGAGGAGCACUGUCACACAGUACAUUAAAGAGAACCAGCUGCAAGAGGACCAAUUUGGUUUCAAGAACUGCUCCCCGACCCCCAACCUGGACCACAACUGUUGUCCUUUAAGGGCCGGCAGAGGAACUCUAACACUGGAGAUCCACAGAGCUGCAGGGCUGAGGGCAGAUACGUUCACGAAAACCGACGCCUACGUGAAGAUCUUCUACAGCGGCAUGUAUGAGGAGACCGAGACAGUGAUGGACAACAAUGACCCGGUGUGGAAUGCCACUUACGACUUUGGCUCAGUGGAACUGGGUCAGGAGUUGAGGUUUGAAGUCUGGGACAGAGAUGUGCUGUAUAAUGAUGUAGCGGGGAGAUGUGUUGUAUUUCCUGAGAGAGGAACUCAUUCUCUAAGCUGUCAGCUACGCAAAGGAGUUCUGUACUUCACCUACACAAUCAAAUGUGACGCUCAUUUGACAGGGUUCAGGUGUGGACGAUAUUCCCCCAACGCUGAGUAGAGCAUUAGAUGACGGUACGUUGUUUUAGAUUUUAGGAUUUCAUGAUAACUUUUGUCAAGUAUCUUUUUUUUUUUUUUUUGAAGAAUGUAAAAACUGUAACUUUGCAUGGAUUUCAACAUUCAGAUACUAAAAUCUGUUCACCUUUUCUUAGAGUGUAGAUUGAAGUUAGAUUUAAAAGAAUACAAAAUUAAAGAGACCAUCCGUAAAAGUAAAUAUAUAUAGUUGAUAAGUAUCUUCCAUGUAAAUGCCUCAUGAUGCAUCAGUAUUAAAUGUCAUGUUGUAUACUAUUUGUGCAGACUAGAAUAAAGAAAUUGUGAUUUGGAAUAGCA